AUGGACCGCCGCCCAGCUACGCGAUCUUCACUGGCAUGUAUACCGUGUCGAAAUCAGCAUCUACGAUGUGAUGCCGUAAGCCCCUCCUGUUCAAGAUGCCAAGGCCUAUCCAGACCUUGUUCAUAUCCCGAGUCGCGCCGCACGGGAAGGUCAAGGGCUCGAAAGCCGACAUCACAGAGCCCUCUCAGCGUGUCGACACCGACACAGUCUCUGCUCGAGGAUUGCGGGCUUUUGCAGACGAAUUCGAAUCCGCGAGUCUUUACCACAGUUUCAGAUUUUGGGGGCAGUCCAGGAUUCGAUACCCUUCUAAACCUGUAUUACCAACGCUUUCACUGCAGUCAUCCUUUUGUUCUUCCGAAAGCCGCCCUUAAGGAUAUUCUCACUGCUGAGACGCCCAGUGCUCAACAACUCAUUUCGGUUAUGCGAUACAUUGGUUCAUUCUACACCGAUCCACCAUCAAACCAAAACCAUCUUGUGGAUAUAAACACAGGGUCUUCUGAUGUGGUUGAUGGCUUUUCUGUCCAGGCAACUCUACUCAUGUCUCUAGCAAAGAGCAUGUGCUCUGAGCAAGCGCCAUCCGAAGAGCUUCUAACAAAGGCAAUCCAACAAGCCAAGAGCAUCGGAAUGCACGCCAAGGCUUUCGCCGAUGCUGUGGAGGCUUAUAGUCCCGUGCUUGCAGAAAGCUGGAGGCGGACGUGGUGGAUGAUAUAUGUCGUCGACUCCAACUUUUCUGUCAUCAGACGCGACCAUAGGACGACUCUCAACAGCGCCGACUACGAUGUUGGCCUUCCGUGUGAGGAUCAUGAAUAUUUUUUAAUGGAAAUACCUCGGGGUGCCCCUUCAUGGCAAGACUACUGUAACAGAGAAUUUGCUCUCGAAGACAAGAAUUUUUCUUCCUUCGCGUAUUUCAUCGACGCAAACGACAUUUUCGUUUCUUCAUUGCGAGCGUCUUACGAAUUUCAGGACAUUUCCGAAGCAGAGAUUCUUUGCGAUAAUCUCGAGGCCACAAUAGCAGGCUGGUUCCUCAUGUUGCCAGCUACCAAGCGUGGCCUCUGUAUCAAACCUGCCACUGUAGACCAGCUCAUGUUUCAGGCAUACAUGAUGAUGUACACAUCGAUAACCUACAUCCAUCGUCCACUUUCCACUCUUCGGUACAAUGUCGCCGAAGACAUUUCCAGCUGCGGCUCGCCUCCUCCGCCACUCGCUUCUGCAACGGGCAUACACAGUCCUUUAGAUGGUCGUACGCAUCUUGAGAAGUUGCUGGAAGCCAUUCAGAAACAGAAUCAGUGCCUGAUAACCCUACCUGUCGAGGCGGUUCAGAUCUCCCCGUUCACCAUCUGCAUGAUCGCGUGCUGCACUAUUGCGCACUUAGUUGCCUACAAGUCUGCACUUGGACCUCGCGAAGCUGACGUGGCCCGAUCCCGCAUACGGGUUUGUAUCGGCACUCUCAGACACUAUGAAGAAAUCUGGCCUCGAGCAAAAAAGAUCUUGCGUGAGCUCAAGUGCAUCGCUCAUACCAUUAUGGAGUCUGUUGCAAUGCCACCGUUGCCAUUGGCGGACUGUGAGAUGCUGGUUGAGCAAGAAAGUAUAACAGUUGAUUUGUUGGAAGAAGAGUGGCUGCAUGCUUUUGCGAGAGAUGAUGGCUUGUCAGUGUAA